CUCCAGGGAGGAGGAGCUACGGGAAUCUUCUCCAGAAGCUGGACCAAAAAAAGAAAUAAUAAUAAUAAUAUAUAUAUAUUUUUUUUAAAAAUGGACGAGUCAUGGCAAAUAAGUGAUAGUGGAUUCAACGGCUUUCCAAAAAGUACCGCAAAAAGUGGCAGAAGGGCUCGCCAGGCUGUUGAUCAGGCUUCUACAGAAGAGUCUCGAGCCGGCAGGAAGUCGUCCUCCUCUGGCAUGGCAGCACCUGGAGAGGGACCUCCACCGAAGCCACCUCGCAGACAAGGAGGUUGGGCUGAAGAGUCCACCGGGAGCGGCUCUGCCAAAGCUGGAAGAAGACAAGGUGCUGAGGAGGUCGAGGACCGCCGGUUAAGACCCCAGACCCCCAAGGGCUCGGAUGAUGAAAGCGAUAUCCCCGUGAUCCCUGAUCUGGAUGAAGUACAGGAAGAGGACCUCACCAUGCAAGUGGCUGCACCUCCAAGUAUCCAGGUGAACAGAGUGAUGACCUACAGGGAUCUGGACAACGAUCUUAUGAAGUAUUCGGCGUUUCAGACUCUGGAUGGUGAGAUUGACCUGAAACUACUCACUAAGGUUUUAGCACCAGAGCAGGAGGUGAGAGAGGAGGAUGUUGGCUGGGACUGGGAUCAUCUAUUUACGGAGGUGUCCUCCGAGCUGCAGACGGAAUGGGAUCAAGGAGAGAGAGAGGAGCAGUCUCCUCUUCCUGUGGCCUGAGGAUAGAUGACUUUCAGUGAAAGGCCAGUGCAUUACUCACUAGGGGACCUCAUCUUAUGCCCUGCCUGAGUUACACCUGCGCAUAUAUAUAUAUAUAUAUAUAUAUAUAUAUAUAUAUAUAUAUAUAUAUAUAUAUAUUUUUUUUUAGAAUAUUGUUCAUAUUGAAUUUUUAACCUGAGAAGUUGUUCUAGUGGCGCGUGCUGUCCGUUUUGAUAUUUUGAU